AAAUUAUAAUAAAAUUAAAACAAAUUAUUUAAUACUUACAUAUAAUUUACGUAUAAUGCUUAUAACUGUCUGUAUGGCAAAAGUAAAAUAAUCAAUUGGUUUUUAUAUUGACAAGACGAUAUGGAAGCAGUCUUUAAAAUCACUGAUAGAAAAAGGGAUAAAACGAUAGUGGUAGCAUGUUCCAACUUCGACGAAUUAGUUUCCGAAUCUUGUCAGGCUUUAAAUCUUGAUCCGAAUCAGAUUUACAAGUUUGUUCUCGAUGAAGAUGGAGCAGAGUUUCAAGGCUUUAAAAGUAUGUCAACGUACGUCAAAGCUUAUCCUUCAAAAUUUAUGAUACUUCCUACAAAUGAAGUUUGGGAGUCUGCAGUUUCACCUUCUAUAAAUAUUCUUCAAAAUAAUACAACUAAUACUGAUUUUUUAAGAGAAAAUGAAAUUUCCUCAACUCCUGGGGGCAUUUCUAGAGAUUCAACUCCUUCAUCUAAAAAUUCGACAGCAACUGGAAAUUACAUAUCUCCUAUGGUUUGGGAAAAAAUAACACCUUUAGGUUUUAAAAACAUUCAAAAUAAUUCUGUCUCACAAACAAUGCAACUAAUAAGAAAUUUGGCUGAUUAUAUGAUGGACAUUAAAGCUAUUGAAUUUAAAGAUGCGACACGAGUAGCUAAAGAAACUGUUGCACGUUUUCCAAGAUCCUUUGAGCAUACCACAUGGAAAAAUGACGAUGAAACGGAAAUUUUUUCGGAUGGAGUGGAUUCAUUAAAAACACGCAUUUAUGAAAGAAUAAAAUACAUAAAGCCAAAUAGUAGGAAACGCAAAACAUUUAAUUAUGACGUCGCAGACUGCACAAGUAACAAACGUAAGUUUUUUGGUCCAGAGAGAUAUGGCAAAGAUCAAGACCUAUACGGCUGUGUGGCUUUCGAGCCCUCACUUUCAGAAAACGAAAGUAACGAAAGCCAGAAAGAAAAAAAGCAAUUAUUAAUUUCGCUUUUUCAUGGAGAUGAAUUUGACGACGAUAGAGUGCGAAAGUUACUGUCUGAGACUUACCCUUCUCAAAGAGUAUCAAUUAACAACCGAGAAAAAUAUGAUUUAAAAUUGGAGGAUGUAUUAAAAGACUGUUGGCCUCAUCUACAAGUAACAACUUACUUCCUUACCCACGCAAAUACCCUACUUGGAAAAGAUGUAAAAAAGGUUUGGAAUAGUAACAUAGAAUUAAAAAUACCUGCAAUAUAUGAUUACUUUCGAAGUUACAUCUCUUUUUAUAAUGGAAAGAAGAAUUCUCCCUUAAAUGUGGUAAAAGUAGCAGAACAUUUAAAAAAAGCAAGUGAAGCUGAAGAUCAAUUAAAGAGCAAGAAACCAAAAAGUCUCGUUUUUCUACCCAUCAUCGCAUCACACUUCAAAGAACAAGAGCUUUUUACUUUAGUGGACGCUACAACUUCGGAUGAUUCAAUGAGAGAAAUAAAAGAAUCUUCUAGGCCAAUGUUAAUCGUCAAAGGAAUGUCGAUCUACGAUGAAACGUGUUCUUGCGCAAUUGUUAUAGAAAAAAAUAUUGUGCUAGAAUCAAAUUCAGUCUUAGAAGCAGUUCUACUUUUAAUUUUAACCUACUAUGUGUUCGGCUACAAUUACCUCGAAAAUCAAUCUUCGUCACUCGAAUUUAUUCAGCGUAUGUUGUUGGACAUCAAUCCCCCUGAAGGCAAUAAACGGAAAACUAAGAAUUAUCCGAAGACUGUAUGUGAUCCGAAAGCAAAAAAAUUGAUUGAUAAUGUCGUAAAGUUCAGUGGAAAUACUUUUAAUUAACAUAAUUCUAAAUUUUUCUUAACUAAUUUUAGUAUUUUGAAAAUAUUUUUGUUCACACAGAAAUAUAAUAAACAGUAUUUUAAAAA